AUGUUAGGUACGUUACUUAGAAGAAGUACAACAGCAGACCAUAAGAAGGAUACAUCGGCUUCAGAAUCAAUCAUAUCAUCAUCUACCAGCAUUGGAUUGAGAUCUCUAAAUCAUGGCACGAAUACCACAAUUGGGAUUUCCACCGCUAUGGAUCCUGGAAUUGGUAUAGGCUCAAUCUGUGACACAGAUCAGUGUGACGAAGUGUUUCCAACGGUAACAUCUCCUUUAUUAGAUCAUAUUUCUGACGAUUUGAAAUUCAAGCUUUUUGCUGCCAAAACAAUUCCUUAUAAGAGCAACAUUUUGCCCUUGAUGAAAGUUGACCAUGAUUAUAAUAAUAUUCCUGAAGCCUCGUCGAAAUCUUUAUUAUCAACAGAUAAUACAAGGAAAACUGUUUCCAACUCUUCAGCAAUCAUUAAUCAAAAUUCAUAUGCCUUUAGAUUUUUAUUAACAGAGGAAACAAAUGAGAUGGCUUGUGUAAAUAACUAUAGGAUUUUAUUAGAUCAUAAUUUUACCAAGGGUGAAGGUUCCAAGAUUGAACAAAUACGGCAUAGUGAAUUAAAAGAAUAUAUUUUUGGCUCACCUGUAAGAUCGAGUGAUUACAUCCAAAGUGAUAAAUUUAGAUCAGUUCCGAAUUCUGAUUUCACUUUAAUUACAAGGAUUUUUUAUCUGAACUCUAUUUCAAAUAGAUUCGCUAUUAGUCUAUGCAUAUCCAAAUUUCUCUUCCCUGUCAUUUCAGAGUCAUGGACUUACAUUUCUCAUUGGUUAACUGAUAUACAAGAUAUUAUUGCAUCAAUCGUGGCUGAGAAUGCUGGUACUUGCAAAGGUACUACCAACAGUAACAAUAUGGAACAAUUUACAUAUCAAAAUAGGUCCAUUUCCGAUGGAGUAUUACCUGUUAAUCUAGAAAUAGCUUUUCCAGACGAAAUCGGUAAGAUUAUUCAAGUUUUAGCGAAAAAAUUAAUGCCUUGUCUCCGAUCUAUGACAGAAAUUCCUAGAAUUUUCCUUUAUCCACCCGAUUUCGUAGAAUUCGUUGAAACAUGGUUUAAAGACGUUUUUAAUUGGAUUGAAAUUAAAGACGGCCCUAGAUUAAGAUUCUUACCCAUGUUAUUGUCGAAAAUUGUAUGUGAAUUUAAAGAUUCAAUGGUAGAAUCAGAUAUCACAAGGAUCAUCAUCCUCUCAGGUAAUAUGGUUGUAGCCAAUAAAUUGAUUUUCAUUGUUGCAGGUCUUUUGGAACCUAAAUAUAGGAACAAAUUAGUUUCUCAAUUACCACCAUCUUCAUCAUCAACGAAUGAAGAAAAUUCAUCAGGAACUAGUAUCGCUCAAACACAUUCUUCGCAUUCAUCUUCCUCAACAUCAACAUCUAAUUCAGUGCAAAUGAGCGUUAGCAAGAAUCGUGAAAGGCAUAAACAAAGGCUUGUAAAUCUUGUUGAGGCAACCGACGCAACCUCAACGCAGUCUGUGGAUAAGAUGACUAGCUUAUCUGAGCACACAACCCCAAUUUCUGUUGCGAGAACAUCAGCGGGAACUGCGACUAGAAGUGGAUGGGUUAUCCCUAAGGGAAGAAAAAACCGUAGCUCUGUAUCGAUUUCCUCAAACGAAUCGUCAUAUGGUGAAGUUAUUCAACCAUCUUCAUCUUUCAAAAGUGUAGAAAGUUCAUUACAAAAUUUAUCCUCGUCAUUUUCAAGUCAACCGAAUUCGUAUGGUUCUUGGUUUAGUAAAAGACCAUCAUUAUCGAGUUUUAUACCUCAAAGUCCGUCAAACAAAUUUAGCAUACCAUUACCAGCAAAUUCCAACUCAACGGCUACUGUCUCUGCAUUGUCAGAGAAUAAAAUUGAUAGAGUGAUAAGUAAUUCAUCCUCCUCAGGAGGAACCCAUAAUCAUCAAGUUGCAGCUCCAAGAUUCCCACCAAAUACAUUUCACACACCACAACAAUCACCAUCUAUUAGUGAAUAUGAGGAAUAUCCAUGGUUUGAAACUCCUGAAUCGUUAUCACGAAUGGAUUUAGAAUCGAGUCAUUCAUUACCUAACCAUUUAAAUACCAUUACUAUGACCCCUCAUGGUAAUACUAAUAGUGUUAAUGGUAAGAAUACAAAAAAAUUGAAUUCUUAUUGUGGUAACAGUACGAAGAACCACGAUUUCCCAUUGAAGAAUGUUAAAAUUAAUAGAGAUUGUCAACGAUUGAAUCAGCUAGAUUUAUUAGAUGAAGCAUUUGAUGAUAUUUGUAAUGACCUUCCCAUGGAUACGGAAUAUGAAAUCACAGCAGGAACUUCCCUUCAUGCUCCAGUGUUAGAAAUUGACAUGAACUAUGAUAACGGGCAAAACAAGAAGAAACCGUUAGAAUUGUUAUCCAGGUAUACCACAUAUCUACCUCAUUAUAAUAGGUGGUUCCAAUUGCAAGGUAUUCCAAUUACUAAUAAUUCAGAGUCUAUGGUUACUAACUCUAUGAAGAAAGAUUUACAAAUGGGUGAUGAAUUUUCCAAGAGUUUAAUAGUUUCGUUAAGAACAAGAGAAAUCAAAGAAGUUCUUAUGAAGAAAAAGAUGGAGAAGAAACCUUCUCCGUCCUCUAAUGAGGCAUCAUCCAAUAGAUCAUCUCGUGAACCAUUGAAACAAAAAGUUAAGAAAGUCUUUUUCAAUGGGAAAGUUGCAGAUCAUACUCCGGUUCAAGUGGACGAAUCUAUGAACUUCAUUGAGGCAUGUAUUAAGAAAGCUAUGAUUCACUAUGAAGAUAAAGAACUCGAUCCUUUAGAACGUGAUAGGAAAGUUAUCAACUUAUUUGGUUCUAUUUUAACCAAUUCGAAUACAUAUGACAAAACAUUAACGCAUUAA